GAUAAAACAGAUCUCUGCUGUGAUCUACUGAGGAGAGAUUGAGAAGAUGGCAAUGUUGGUGUUUCUGGCAGCUAUUCUUUCUGUUGUUCUGGUGAGCGGAUGCAGUCAGGAUAAAGACAUGCCAGUCGACUGUUCUGACCUUUAUAAAUCAGGACAAACAGUCAGUGGGAUUUACUCCAUCUAUCCAGCAGGUGACUUUCCUGUCUGGGUUUUCUGUGAGAUGAUCUCAGAUGGGAAAGAUGAAGACAAAGGAGGAUGGACGGUGAUUCAGAGGAGAAUGGACGGCAGUGUGAAUUUCUAUCGGCCGUGGAAUCAUUACAAGAGAGGAUUUGGGAUUGUGGAGGGUGAAUACUGGCUGGGUAAGAUCUCACAGUGUGUGUGUGUUUGUGUGUUCAUGUCCAGUGUUUGGUUGAACGUGUUCUUCAUCUGUGUGUUUGUGUGGAUGUUCAUGUCCAGUGUUUGGUUGAACGUGUUCUUCAUCUGUGUGUGUGUGUGGAUGUUCAUGUCCAGUGUUUGGUUGAACGUGUUCAUCAUUCUGAAAGCCAUCAGCAUGAAGAUCAGACGUGUGACUUAG